CCUGUGUUUGCCAACAUGGCGAAAGUUGUCCAAGGGAUUGUAAGAAGCGAGAUGGACACCUCUAAACUCUUUGAGAAGUUUACCAUUGACGAGAUUAGGGAAAUUGAACAUAAAACAAGAUCUGAUAUUGAGCGUAAAAAGGAAGAUUUGAGGACAAUGGUUGGUGAGAGAUACAGGGACCUGAUUGAGGCGGCAGACACUAUCAGUGAAAUGAAAAAUACAGUUAGUAAGGUUACCCAGUCAGUUAACUCAAUGCAGGGGUACUGUCAGAAACUCCAACACACCCAUUUGAUAAAAGGUGUCUCUGUAGGCCAACAGUCUUCAAGGGAUAUAGAAAAAAAGAAUGAAGAGCGGGAGUUUUUUGGUAUUGCCACUCAGAUCAAGCUUCUCCUAGAUAUGCCUGAGAAGAUCUGGAGUGCCAUGGAUGAUGACCAGUACCUAUGUGCCACACAGUUGUUCCUUUUGGCUAGACACAUUAACACAAGUUUACAGCUAGACUCCCAGCAAUCAGUUAGAAUAAACACUUGGUUUCCAGUCCUCUCAAGACAAUGGGCAGCCAUCAGCCAGUUCAAAACCACCAUUUUACAGGGCUGUAGGCAGCUUUUGAAGGCAUGUGACACCAAGGAGUCAACCAUCACAUCAUGCUUGUGCUCUAUCAUCUUAUUGGAGGACUCAACACCACGACAAGUCUUCACUGAGUUCCUAUUGGCUCGCACUGGUGCUGUCCAGCAGUUAUUUCAGCCAGAUGAGAAGAGUAUUAAAUCUCAGAUCUGUGAAAUUGUUCAACUUAUCAUUACAACUAUAUACCAGAUACACUCCAUCUUUUACUGCCACAGUGGCUCCCACAAGCAAGAUGACAAAUUGCCUACCAAUCUGUUAAUGGAAACUCUAAAUGAGGUGAUGGAUAAAAACCAUAGCAACAGUGUUAUCAUAGAUACCAGCAAAUCUGUGUCAUUGAGACUUCUUCCCCAGUCUGUCUCAAAUUUUCGACCCUCACUGCGUACACCUCCCUCUGCCAUAUCAGAUCAUCACUUACAGAGUAGCUGCACAGAGUGGUUAAACACUAGCGUACAGGACGUACAUGCUGGAGUCACUAAACUUCUUGUUUACGUAACCAAUAUCAAAGCUCUUGCUGGCAUUAGAGAUGCAUUAUGGGAAUUUAUGCAAAAGACUGAAUACCUCCAGGAGUGGGCCAAGAUAUGUGAGAGGGUAGUCAAGAGAAAGGUUGCUGUUUGGGAAGAAUUCGUACAACCCCUCUGUUUAUCUCGGGUACAGAGCAUCAUUGACACACAACUUGAUCAGACACUCAACACACACAUGCAGAAUAUCACUAAGGUCCUCACUGAUCUCAGUAGCCCAAAUGAAAAAUCACUGAUGCAUGACAGAGAUCUAUCCAGCUAUAUCUGGCAUGAGUCCCCUAAAGAUAUAGCUGCCACCAAUGCCUGGUUGCCAGCUAGUAGUAAGACACUUGCUGAUGGUGGAGGGCUGAUGAUGAAAGCAAGGGCAUUCACACCCACUAUACAAAGACUUUGUCAACAUCUUGAUGGCAAACUGAAGGUACUCUUGGAAGAUUUAGACUACUACACUGCCAAAGAUUCAUCCAGUGAGGAUGACUCUGAGGAUGGACCCUUUAAUAGACUAGCUGACAGCCCAGUUUUACAAAAACACAUCCAGACAGGCUGCUUACAACAUAUGAACAAAUUACGAGACCACAUUGGUCAGCAGUUGAAAGGUUCCCAGGGGCAACUGAAUAGUACAGACAUAGAGGGUGCUGGAAUUCUUAUUAAUAGAAUCCUACUGCUGGGCAGACUAUGUGGAGCUAUGUGUGACUUGGCCCCAAACCUGCAUAAAUGUGUCCUAUUGAAGGAAAAGCAAGACAAGGCUGUCAAGAUUAAGCGCCAGAGCAGCAUCAGUGCUAAAAGCAAGCAGAUUGAGGAUCCUAUAUGGAUUGAAGUGAAGUCCAACAUGACAGACACAAGUUGUACAGCUUUCAAGAUUUGGACGGACUAUACCUGCAGUCAACUAGUCUCCCACUUUGAGCAGAUGCUACUGGACAAUAGUGGACACACAGCACUAAGGGCAAGCACACAGUGGGAUGAGGUUCAAAUCCAGGAGGAGACUGAGGAUGGUAAAACUAUCAAAUCUGUGAUACGUGUUCCCAUGCAGUGUUCUUGGUUUGUACAAACCUUGUUAUAUGACCUAUGUGGAGAAAUCAACAGAGUUGCUGGCCAUUCCAUUAGCAGGGCAGUAUUGCUAGAACUCGUGGAUAACAUAACAGAAUCCAUCUUGAAGGUGUUUGAGUCGUACCUGACCCACACUGCUAACCCCCAAACACCACAGCAGAUCCCCCAAACUCAAACCAAGGCCCUUCAACUUAUCUUUGACAUCAAGUUCCUCAGUGGAAUCCUGUCAAAGAAGGAUGAUUCAUCUGCAUCCAAACUAAAUCAGAAGAGAGUGGCAAAAAUAGUGGACAAGUUGGAGUCAAAGGUUGACCCAUUUGAUCUUGACGUGUUCAGUCCAUACAUGCAGAGUCAUCUAUACAAACAUAUACAGCGCUGCAGUGUGUUGUUUGGUUCACUGACAAGCCUAGAUAAGCAUGGUACCUUCAUGUCUACUCGCGGUACCACAUCAGGUAGCCAGGAGCAACACAACGUCCUCCCCCUGUCUACAUGUACUACUAGAUUCAACCUACUCCCCUUCAGUGCUCAAUCUACUCGUAGCUCACUUCAGCAACCCCUCCUUAGCCCUACCAAGAUGCAGAUGCUAUCGCCAACAACAACUAUGACAACACUGUCGCAAGAAUCUCUCCCAGCAGUGCAAAGAGACAGCGGCUCAUUUUUCAACCAAGUCAGCACAAUAUGGUUCUCAAAUAUAGGCAAUAAGAAGACAUAGCAAUGGUGUUAAAUAAAGACAAUAGAAACAAUUUAUUUAUUUAUGAGACAGAACUAAUGAAGCAUAAUGUUAGGAACAAAUAGACAUUAUGCAGUCCUGCAUAUAAAAUCGAUUCAGGAGGUGGAAGUGUUUUAAGAGAAAUGCUACUGAAAUGUGUGUUUUCAUACAUUACAUUCUACAUUUUGUCAGUGCCACAAGAAAUGUGAGAUCUCUUGUUAUUUCAACUAUCGUACAUAAAUAACAGGUCAAAAGGAAACUAUUUUAUGAGGUCUCUCCAGUUGGCAUGUUAUUGUCCUAUGUAUAUUGAUAAAAAUCAGCUGGU